CAAAUCUUUAGAAACAGGACAAGAACCGUUUUGUUAUCGUCCAUUUUAAUGAUUUGAGGUUCAUCGAGAGGAGUGACAUUCUAUUGUUUGAAUAGUUUUUAUCCAUAGAAUUAUAUUUAAAAGUACAAAAAAUGGCUGACGCAGCAACUGAAGGUGCACCUGCCGAAGUAUCAGGAGGUUCAGGACCUCCAACUGGCGGCAUGCCUCCAAGAGGUAGGGGAAUACGUGGUGGCCCAGGUAGAGGUGGUCCCGGAGGACGGGGAGGUUUUCGAGGACGUGGAGGAAUGGGAGACCGAGGACGCGGAGGCCCUCCAAUGGGCCGAGGACGAGGGGGUCUAAGGGGAGCUCCUAGAGGAAGAUUUCCACCAGGUGGGGAUAUUGGUGACAGAGGCCGGGGUGGGGGUCGUGGAAUGGGUAGGGGUGGACCUGGUGGUUUUAGAGGGGGACGAGGUGGCCCAGGAGAUCGUGGGGGAAUGGGAGGCAGAGGUGGUGGUCGUGGAAUGGGAAGAGGUGGCCCUGGUGGAUUUAGAGGGGGACGAGGUGGUCCAGGAGGAGGAAGAGGAGGUCCAGGGGGACCUGGUGGACCAGGAGGUUUGGGGCAAAAGAGGGCACCAGGACAAUUUGGUUCACAAGGGGGAGGUCCAGGGGGACCAGGAGUUAAAAGGCCUAGGUUUGACAAUGGACAAGGAGCUAAUGGAUAUGGGCAAGGUAGUCAGCCAUCAUAUUCCACACAAUAUGGUGGACAAGGUGGAUAUAACCAGUAUGGUGCACAAGGCGGGUAUGAAGGAGGUGGUUAUUCUACACAAUAUUCAAAUCCUACUGCAGGUUAUGGUAGCGGGGGGGGAGACUAUUCAAGCUACCAACAAGGGAGUGAUCAAUAUGGUGGCGGCGGCUACAACACUGGUGGACAAGGUUAUAAUAGUCAAGGGUAUGAUGAUCGAACUGGAGGAUAUGGACAACAGAAUUAUGGUGAGUCUAUUAAUAUUUACAAGAAUAUUUCUGAAUAUUGUAUUGGUGUAAAAAAAGUUUCAUAACUCACUUUGUCAACAUAGCACACCAAAUUUUAGUCAAUAAAUCGUGAAUUACCAAUUUGUUAUAUUUUUUGCAGGAUGGUAGACCGCAGUGCACAAAGAAGUUAGGACAACAAAAAUAUUUUGACUUUAGGUAUAUACAGUACAAUUAAAAUCAUAAUCAUAAUAAGCAGAUCACAUAUACAAAGCACUUUGCAUUUAUUGUGACAAGCUGAGUUUGAAACAAAUUUUUACACUUUUGAGUAUGAGAAUAUAAACAUAAAUGUAGUAAAAACUUUCAUAUAUCUAUUUCAAUCAUUAUCCUGAAUUAUAUUAAGUUAUCAAUCAAAAUGAUUAAUUUAAGGAUUAAAUAUAUACAGAAAGUGCUUUUUGUUUAUGAAAUACUGUAUAAAUUCUUUAUUUAUUAGAACAAUUUGGCAAAUUUAUUAGUUUUGCUAAAAAGAAAAGUAAUGUUUGACUUCCAUAAAUUUGUGUAGAAUUUAUUCCAAAAUUUGCUAGAAAGCCAAAAGGUCAAAUAAUUGAAACUUUAUAAUUCCACUAUUUCAGGUUCGGUCCCACCUAGGCGCUACUAAUUUUAAAAUCUUCCUUAACAAAAACAAAAAAACUUAUGAUUAGUAUUAUUUAUGAAAAAACCUCCAGUAUAAUGUGUUUAGUGUACAAUGGACAAUUAUUUUUUAUAUAUUUUAGUUAAUAGGUUUUACUAUCCUUUUGUAUAGGAUCAUUGCUUUUUUAGUGGCUUCUUAACAUUAAAUUUGAGCAAGAUAUUGAUUAAAUGUUUCUGAAUGAAAUUGGAAAAAGUGAUUAGUCAAAUAAAAAUAUCUUUGUAUAAAAAGUAUUGGUUGUGUUUUAAUUUGGAUAAUAAAUAAAUUUGUAAAGAUUUUCUCAAAGAGAGAGAGAGAGAGAGUGAUUCAUAAGCAUUGAAAAUAAAUGAUAAAUGUAUACAUAUAUAGUUUGUUUUUCACUCGGGAUAUUUCUUCUACCCUAAAUCUAUUAAUGAAAACAAAAUUUAAUAAUUGGUAAAUGUUAGACAAAAUAUUACUAUGUUUAAAUAUUUUAAUAUUCACAUUUUUGAGGUUUUGGCUAUUUGUAAAUUCAAAAAUCAUCAUAAAGUUAUGGAAUAUAUGAAUAUCAAUGUUUUAAAAAAAUUUCAAUAUUUAUAUUGUUCUCUCCUUAGAGCGAAAAUACAUGGUUCAACCAAUUUGAAUGUUGUUUACAUGGUAUCUAAUGUUCGUUAUUUUACAAAUAUAUAUUAAUAAACAAUUUAUUAUUACUAUUAUCUCUUAUUAACUGUCAAAUUUAUCUGUCCAAAUACUUUCAAAUGAUACUUAUAGGGUUUUAAUGUUUCUUGGACAAGGAAACUCCACCCAAAACAUAUGGCCCUGGAGACAUUUUGAGUCUCUGAAGUAUUUGCCCACCCCUGAUUCACAUCAUUAUUCUCAUAUACAGCGAUUGAAUAAAUUUCUGCAUAAUAAUUUAAAUCUAUGUAUUUGCAAAAAAUAUUUUUUUCCAAUUCUAUUACUCGAUCUUUAAUUAUACGCUUUGUAAUCAAGUCUUUUUCUUUUAAAUCACCAAACAAAGUAGCACCACAUUCUUAAAACGCUUUUUCUUUACAAAUUUUCCUUCUGAAAGAAGUUUCUCCAUGACGAGAAAUGCAAUACACAACUUGGAAACUAGCUCCUGUAAUGUUGGGGAAAAUUCUCAUUUUUCUUUUGUAAAAAAUAAGUUGUUCUUUAAUUUCAAUAGUUCCAUAUCCCAAAAAAAUUAAAAUUGACAUUUUCCGCCCAAUGUAUGUAAGAUGUUACAGGAUUUAAUAGUUCAGUAACACAAUAGAAAUGAAAAUCAGCUAGCCAAUCUCCAGCUGGAAAUAUUUUUUUAUAAAUUUGAUUAUAGAUGUAAAUGUUAUUUUUUUUUACAUAAAAAAUGAAUUAAAAAAUCAAAGUGGGUCAGUUAAAAAGCUUGGGUAGGUCAGUAUAUGAUGGGUCAUAGGUUCGCCAUCACUGGUAUAUAGUAUGUAUCGCUACUGUCCAAAUGUUAGUCUUUCCUCUACGACGCACCCUACUCACUGAAAAGUGAAUAGUUAAAUUCCUGUAUUUACACAUUCAUUUCUCGUUCAAUCGCUUUGACAGUGAUUGCCAGAAAUGAAAAUAUUCAGUAUGUUCAAUUCUUUCAAUUUGGUUGCUUAAAUCAAAUUGUAAGGUAAAAGUCAAACGGGUAAUUAAACCUUUGGGAAAUAGUUCCUAGCUGGUUUAACUUGAGCAGCUUUAACCUUUUUUCAUCUUUUUUGCUAAAUGAUUGGGAGUGGAAAUUCACUGGAACAAUUAAUUAUUAUAAUUUAUCGUGACAUUCUUUUGAAGCAUUCACCAAUAGAUUUUAGUUAGGUCUGUUAAAAUUUGUGUAUUGAUAUUCCUAUGUUCCAUAAAAUUUACCUCAAACACUGUAUUUACUGAUUAAAUAAUUACUACUAAUAAAAUUUAGCACUUUCUGUUAUUGAAACAAUAUCACAUAGUAAAAAAACAUUUAAUUUUUUAAAAUUUAUAUUGAAAUGAAAUACCUCAAAAAUCUAACUAGUAUUUAAACAAAGGUUUUAUUAAAAUUUAUAACCAGUUUAUUAACUGUUUUGUUUGUUUGUAUAAAAAUUUUGAUGGCAUGAUAACAUAAAGAAAUUAUAAAAUAAAAUGUUUAAGAUUACUGAAUAAAGUAAUGAAAUCUAA